UUUUCGUUAAGCCGAGCAAAAUUCACCCAGCUCUUCUCAGAGUGAUAGUACGACGCUUCUAAGCAAAUCACGAUGACUGGUCGCGGUAAAGGAGGAAAGGGAUUGGGAAAAGGAGGAGCGAAGAGACAUCGCAAAGUACUUCGCGAUAACAUCCAAGGCAUUACCAAGCCGGCCAUUCGUCGUCUCGCACGUCGUGGCGGCGUCAAGCGUAUUUCUGGAUUGAUUUACGAAGAGACGCGUGGUGUACUGAAAGUAUUCCUCGAGAAUGUUAUUCGUGACGCGGUUACUUAUACCGAGCAUGCUAAGAGGAAGACUGUGACUGCUAUGGACGUCGUCUACGCCUUGAAGCGUCAAGGAAGAACUCUAUACGGCUUCGGCGGUUAAACGCAAUCAAUUGCUACAAUAUACAAACGGCCCUUUUCAGGGCCAUAAAUAAUCCAACAUUGGAAUUUUCUUACAAUAGCAAUUAUUAUUAACAUUUAAUUUAAAAGGUUGUAUAAAAUUCGUAUUAUAGAUAGUAACAUUUUAGAAAUUUAAUAUCUCUUAUCUCUAUUUGUCAGUAACAAUUUCGAUAUUAGAAUGAACUGUAUUAACGUACAUUUACAAAAAUAAAUUUUUAAAGAUGAAAUGUGAAAAAAAUUAGUUUUUUGAGAGGUAAGAAAGUUUCUCUAAAGUUUUAAGAGACUUAUUCGGAAAUAAUAAAUGCACGAAUAAGAUAUAAAAAUUAAAC